AUGACAGACAGUGACAAAUUGAACAUCGACAACAUAAUUUCGAGACUCUUGGAAGUGCGCGGUGCUAGACCCGGCAAGAACGUUCAGCUGUCCGAAGGCGAAAUUAGAGGCCUGUGCCUCAAGUCAAGGGAGAUCUUCCUGUCGCAACCCAUACUAUUGGAGCUCGAGGCGCCGUUGAAAAUAUGUGGGGAUAUUCAUGGUCAAUACUAUGACUUACUGCGUUUAUUUGAGUAUGGCAGUUUUCCACCCGAGUCAAACUACUUAUUCUUGGGUGAUUAUGUCGACCGUGGCAAACAGUCUCUGGAAACGAUAUGUCUGUUAUUGGCAUAUAAAAUAAAAUACCCCGAAAAUUUCUUCCUUUUACGUGGUAAUCACGAAUGCGCUAGUAUAAACAGAAUAUAUGGAUUUUAUGAUGAAUGUAAACGGCGGUAUAAUAUAAAGCUCUGGAAAAUAUUUACGGACUGUUUUAAUUGUUUACCUGUGGCAGCAAUUGUUGACGAAAAGAUUUUUUGUUGUCAUGGUGGUCUUAGUCCUGACUUGCAAUCAAUGGAACAAAUUAGGCGGAUUAUGAGGCCGACAGAUGUUCCUGAUCAGGGACUAUUAUGCGACUUGCUUUGGUCUGAUCCUGACAAAGAUACAAUGGGCUGGGGAGAAAAUGACAGAGGUGUAUCAUUUACAUUUGGUGCUGAAGUUGUGACAAAAUUCUUGCAUAAACAUGAUUUUGAUCUCAUAUGUAGAGCUCACCAGGUUGUAGAGGAUGGUUAUGAGUUCUUUGCAAAGCGUCAGUUGGUCACUUUAUUUUCAGCACCAAACUAUUGUGGAGAGUUUGACAAUGCAGGAGCAAUGAUGUCUGUCGACGAAACUCUAAUGUGCUCAUUCCAGAUUUUAAAGCCGGCCGACAAACGAAAGUACAUGUAUGGAGGAUUGUCAUCAGGCAGACCAGUUACACCACCCAGAGGAUCUGGUAAACAAGGAAAAAAUAAAAAAUAACCCAUCUUGAUGCAAUAUAUAUUUCUAUAUCUAGGUAUGCAACAACAAAGUAUAAUUUUAAAAAUUAAAUGUUAUAUAAUAUGAAAAACAAAUGAAAUUUUUUUUUAUAGAAAAAAAACUAUACCGAGUAACUAGUUUAAAUAAUAAUGUAUUUAUAUCAUUAAGUACCUUUAUACUCCAUCAUAUAAUGUUAACAUAAAAUCUCAAGAUCAAUUUUAUUAACUUGUCAUUUGGAGUAUUUUUUAAUAAUUUAAUAUUAUUAUUGAUAUAUUGUAUUUGCACUUAUUUUUUUUUCAUACUCGGUCGUUUUUUCCUUUCCUUUUUUUGUUUUUAGUUUAAGUCUUAAAUUAUAUUUUAUUUUUGCUAACUUAGUUUUGUCCAUAUACUUUAAACUGCAUACAAUUUCUACAAAAAAAAAAAAAAAGAAGUUGCAAUUUAUUUAGAAUAGUUCUAAAUAAAUUACAAUUGAAUCAUAAAAUCAACUAUAUUUGUUAUUUUAUCAGACAUUUUUAGCUCAUUUAUUUUAUUGUAACUAAGAUGUAUUUAUAAAACUAUUGUUUUAUAAAAAAUUAAAAAAUCAAAAUCCCAAAGUUAAGUACAACAUAAUAAUUAUUGUUAUUUAUUGUUUUGUGUAUUUAGAUUACACUUUCGUUAUAAAACUAUUAUAACGUUAUAUUGUACAUUUUCAGUAGAAAUACGUAAAUCAGAACAUAAAACAUAUAUGAAAAUGUUGAAUACUAUCCCAAUUGAUAUAAUAUAUAAAUCACAUGCAAUGUAAAUAUCAAUAUAUUAAUUUUAAAAUUAUACUAUAAAUGUACGUUUUGCAUUAAAUUUUUAAUGCAAAUACAUUAAAAGUAGCAAAAUGUAAUUUAUUUAAUGAACUUCUUGGAUUACUUUUUUUGGCAAUGAACAAAUUCUUUGCCUACGUAACACUUAUUGUAAUUUGUUGAUAGCGUAUGUAUUAUUUUAUUAUAAACCAAAUUAAAAAA